GGGCUGUGGGAGGGAAGGCGAGCGUUUGACAGGAGGGCUUCACACACUCACACAUGCACACAUACACACGCGCCUUGGUGGUGAGAGAGACUGACUAGCGUCCCGGGACAGAUUCGCCUGAAGGGGGAACAUACGGGUUAGACAGUGAGAGAGAGAGAAGACUGAGGGGUCAUUCGAAAGCUAGUAAAUUGUAUGUUAAUGUACAGAACAGGUAGAUAGACUAAAGUGAGGUGGGAAAAGACAGGUGGAGUCAAAGGAGGGGAAAAGUGCAAGUUGGAUUCGCUCUGCUCUUCGCUCUUUGGUGUCUCUUGUCAUUCAGGUCUUUUUUUAGUGCUUUAUUUUUACCCCAGGACUGCCUUCCCACACGCCAGCCCGUGUGUAUGUGUGAGCUUUAGACCUCUAUCUGUAAGCCCACUGGAGAGUGUGUGUGUAAGUUUGUCUACGUGGACACCUUACACUUGAACCCCAGCCAUGGCUGACACAAACCUCAAGUUGGAUCGCAUAGCCCUCACCGAAAUCUCCGACGAUGACGAAGAGGUGGCCUUGGUGACGGCGGUCGCCAAAACCUCAGUGACCACCCCAGCCGCUAACCGCAAAAACACGGCCGAUGAUGAUGACCACGAUGACCCUUCCAAAGAAGCGGACCUGGUGCUGGGGCCGGGACUGGACGGCAGCGGAAGCAGUGAGGCGCAGAGGUCCGAGGCCCAGGCCACGGGCAUGAUGGUCCUGGCUCUUCUGGACAAGAUCAUUGGCGUGGUGGACCAGAUCCAGCAGACCCAGAACAGCCUGGAGAGCCGGCAGGAGAACAUGGAGAAGAGCGUGACGGGCAUCCAGAGUGAGCUGACCAAGCUGGCCAAGAGCCAUGUCAGCACGGCCAGCACGGUCAACAAGCUUCUGGACAAAGUGCGCAAGGUGAACGUCAACGUGAAGAGUGCGCGCACAGACCUCGAGAAGCAGGUGGGCCAGAUCAAGAAGCUGGAGAGCAAUGAGCACGAGCUGCUCAAGAGGAAGAACUUCAAAGUGCUCAUUUUCCAGGAAAAGCCGCUGAAGAGCACCAAGAAGGCCGAGGCAGCAGGUGAGGAAGGUGAGCAGGUUCUGAGUGAAGGAGGAGAAGAGGAGCGAGGAGAUGAAGAGGAGGUGGAGAUUGAGGAAAUUGUGGAGGAAUCUCGGGCGGCGCGCAUCAAACGCAGCGGCCUGCAGCGCGUGGACGAGCUGAAGAAGGCCUUCAGCAAGGAGCAGAUGGAGAAGACCAGGCAGAGAACCAAGGAGAACCUGGAAAAGACCCGUCAGAGAACCAAGGAGAACCUAGAGAAAACACGCCUGAGGACCAGGGAGAACCUGCAGAAGACCAGACUGAGCCUGGGCAAGAAGAUGGGUAAGCUGGGGACAAGGAUCACACCCAACACCGAGCGGAAGGAGAAGCUGCGCAUGUCCCGCGACAAGCUGAAGAAAUCCCUCUCGCCAGAGCACGCGGUCUACGCACGCUCUAAAACCACAACUUACCGCGUGCCUCCUUUCACUUUCUACGUGAAGAAGAUCCGCGAGGGAGAAGUGGAGCCUGAGCCAGAAGCCGAGCCUGAGAAGGAGGAACCAGAGCAAGAGGAGGCCAAGGAGGACCUGGAGGUGCAGGAGGGCCAGCUGGUCAACCUGAGCAGCCCAGAGUUGGAAGCUGUGCUGGAGGAAUCCAGGCUGGUGAUUCAGGAUACAGCACAGGCAGGCGAGAAAGCGAGCCAGUGAAUCCAACGUAGCAGCCCCCGAGAGUGGGACAAAUAAAAUGGUCAUGUGACGCAGAAGUCCAGAGAUAAAUAUGAAGGAUAAGUGAAUGUAUACCACGGAUAUGUUCGUGAAAAGUCUUGACAAUAAUGCAAAAGCAUGUUGGAUUGAAGGGCAGACUGAAAUGUUUAUGGGAAAGAAUGCUUUUAUCUGUAAUAGCACCCCCUAACCAGUUGUUUUUAAUUGCAGUUUUCUGAAUCUUACACGGUUUAGUGUUUGUUUUUCUGUAAUACACCAAAUUCUCCUUAUAUAGAUGAUGAUUGACCGUUUGCAAAAUUCUGGAAAGUCAAGUCUCCUUUAGUUAUGGUUGCUAUGCCCAUCAAACCUUUAGCUCAGGCUAUCUGCUAGCAUCUGUAUCAUUAGUGCUAACCGACUAAAACUUUAGGAGAACGAUGAGUACCCCUGAAAACAUUUUAUUAUUGAAAAAUAAACUGGCUUUACAUGUUCAGUGCAGCCUUACAUGUUUAAGAAUAGACAAAAUAUGACUAAGAGAUUUAAGAUUGUGGAAACCAUGUUCAUAUUGAUCAAACCAGGGAAUCUUUUAGGUACUGAACUUUAAAGUGGAAGGUUUUCAUGUCUAAUAAGGAGGAAGACUGAGCUAAAAGCUCUCCUUUCAGAUCAGCUAAUGCAAAAGCCAACACUGGAGCUAGUCAGAGAAGAUGCUGAGAAAGAUAUGCCUUCGUACACACAAGGUCUUUUAGCAUACUUUAAAGAAACAAUAGAAAUGAUAAUGUGUACGAGUGCAUUAAUCUCUGUCUUUACACAGAAUGUUUCUGACUGUACAGUCCUACUUAAUCUGACUGAUUCAUCAAACUGUCAACAGCUAGGUUAAGAUGAGCAGCAGAAAAGCUAAUUUAGUUAACUAUCUGAUCUUAACAUUGCGUUGUAACAUCAUUUGUCGCUAGACAUCACAAUAAAAUGUAUUAAAGCAAAUCUAGUAACCCAGAUAAAGUUUAGCUUAAGUUACCUGAGAGUCAGCCUGUCCGUAGUUGUGGCACUGAGCUGUGAGUGUGAUCUUCCACAUAGAUUAAUCCAAAAGAUUCUGCUGGGGGAAUAACACACCCUCCAGAUUAUCACAUGUUCAUCAGUAACACCUUUCUUUGCUUAAUAAUUCAAUGUAAUUUACUGCCAGUGUCAGUUUCACUUGUUAUUGCGUGUGAUGGAGGAAGUCCAGUUUAGAGACAAUUCUGGAUGAGAGCCAUGUCAGCCAUUAUUUUGCAAAUGGUCAGUUGGCUAGUGAUUUGGAGAGGGGUGUUGGAAGAGGAACAGGAAAAGUAUAGGGUCCAUUAUGGCUAGAAUCAAUAACGACUGUCCAGGAUGUAUUUUGAACUGGGCAGACCCUAAAGACUAGGGGUGUAAGAGUACACGGUUUCAUUUACAAUACUGGGUUCACAAUUUGAUAUUUUCACAAUAAUUUGGGCAAACAUUGUAUUAAUAAAAAUAGGGAGUGGGAGCUACGAGUGUGUCUCGUGACAUUCAAACAAUGCAGCUGCUUUAGAUGGCAUAUUUAAUGUAAUUCAGCUGAUAACACCCGUCUCCACUAGGCCUGGGUAUCGUUCAGUGUUUUUGAUACCAAUACCAACACUGAUAUCACUGAAGAUAGCAAUUACUGAGCAGUCCUUUUUUCAGAUGUUAAUUGAUUAUGUAGACGUUGCAUUAAUUUACAAAUAACUGAUAAGGAAAAGUCAGAUUGUAGCACUGAUUUUCAGUAUUUCACGGGUGAACUGAGUGGUCAUAUGCUAAGUACUUGCUCCAGCAUUACUGGUAUACAUUUUAAGCUUAAAUCUAAGCUCAUCUGUAGCCAUAUUUUCACAGUAGAUUUCCUCUUUAUGCAUUGAAAUGCUUUAGCAACAAAAUUGAGAUCUAAACAAAAAUUGCUUGAGGAGUUACUGGCACUAUAGCCAGUAUGAAUAAACCAGGAACACUGUAAUUUCAGAAUGCUUUGUAUUUUACUUGUAGUGGACUUAGACCCAACUCUGAAGAUGACAGACUUGUCUUUUGAUGGCUUCUUCUUGUUUGUCAACGCAAGAAGUGAACAUAGGUUAAAGCACUUGAGAACUGGGCUCCUAGUUUCCAUUGCGCGGAUACGUUCUUCAGGGUUUCAUAACAAAUAAGAGUGUGCGGGUCCUUUGGAACAAAAACGGAACGCUGUGUAUGAAUGAUUAUUCAUUUAUUUAUUAUGAAUGAUUAUGAAAAAUGAAAGUGGAAGUGCUAAAAGAUCAGUGAAAAACUACUGAGGAAUAACUAACACAGCCAUUUCUUUUACUUCUUGAUGCUUACUGAAUGACUGUGUGCAUAUGAAUGUUGUGGGGUUUUUUUUUUCUUGUUGAAACUGAAAAUGAUUUGAAGAUCAUCAAAUACAGUAUUUCAGCACUGGGUUAGUUAAAUGGAUGUUGGAUUGUUGGGGUGUCACUGUACAUUUAGCUUCUAUUUGUCACAGAUUUUAGAGAUCUGCUUUAAUUCAUAGAUAUUACAAUAGCAGCCAGUUUCAAUUGGCUGAAUAGAGUGCUGUAGUGGUUACCCUGUACAUAAUAAAUGCAUGUUCACAGUCAUAAGGUUUUCAUGUUUUCUAUACAUGUAACACAUUAAUGCAGAGUCAGAAAAGUAGCCAGGGGCCUAUGGGAAACUGUCUGUUAACAUGUGCAAAGAAUGUGUGGUUUUAUUUGCAGUAUAUUCACAAUGUCAAAAACUGACUUUUUUAUUGUAUUUGUACAUUUACAAUUUACUCACAGCUAUAUUACAUCAUUUCACUCUUAAGUAAUGGUGCUGUAUGACGUCAAAACCUCAUAACUUUAUUUUUGUUGUUAAUUUCUUUGGCAUUUCGUUAAUUGCAUGAUGAAUGGACCAAUAGAAAUGGUCCAAAAUUACUUAGAAUUAAGUCUCAGGACAUUAAAGGGCAUUCCGGCCUAAAACUAGCAUACAUUACUUGUUAUGUUACUCUGUAACGUAGCAUUGUACCCCUCAGUCAUCAGUUUGACAGAAUUCAUGAUAUUGUAUUGUGUUUUAGUUGUUGUCACUCUCCCACUACAAUACCCAGUGUGCAUUAGGCAAAUAAAUCACACAGGCAAUAAAAAACACCACAACUCUCAACAAAUCCUGACUGCUAACCACUGAUCUACAGGCUAAUAAUGCCACCUGUGGUGUUAAGUAGCAUUAGCAGUAAAGCACUAACCGCAUUUUUUUUCUUUGGUAAAGGAAUUAUUCAGUUAAAGAAAUGUUAGAUUUAUUAUAAUUUUCUAUAAUUUAAUAUAUAUUAUUAUAUAUUAUUAUUCCCACCCAAAAAGCACUUGUAGUCUUCCACCUUCAAGAUAUAUAGAUCAGAAUGAGCUAUUAUUUGCCUUUAAACCAGUAAUACUCACUCCAGAGACCACUGCAGCACUGCUGUAUAUGGCGAGUAGGUAUGUUUACAGGAGCUUUAACAAUGGUUACAAUUUUCAUUUUGGCCGGAGUUUCCCUUAAACCCACAUAAAGCUAAAAAGAUAUGAGGUUUUGUUACGACAGCAACAAUACGUUCUUUAUUCUGACAGAUAUUUUACACAUUUAUUGGUCUUUAUAGCGAAAACACACUGCUUACCAUGGAGUAACUGGAACACAGCUAAUUUAGGUCUGACCCCAAACUAUUAUUCAGGAUUUGGUUUCAUUUCCUGUCCGUCUGCCACAAGGAUCACUGUGGCUAGCCUGUCGCCUAGGAUACCGCCCAAGGUCAACGAGCCCAGGUCCUGAGUUUGCUGCACUCUUAUCCAAGGCUUAUGGCCAUCUGUAUGGGCUUCAGUGAGAUUUUUGAGUGAAUGGAAAACAUGUACACUGCAUUAAGUAGCUAAAUAAAAAAAUCUAUGUUUAGAUUAGUUAUUGUGAAACUGAAAAUAAACAUGUGAAACACUACACAGGAAUGUGUUUCACUCUGUUUCACUCA